AUCAUAGAUUUCCAGCCAGGCCUAGAGCGGCUCUUAAGAGGUGGAGAGAGCCGGGCGGGCGGGGACCACCUUCAGAGCUGGCCGCCGGCGGUAUCAUGGCGACCCGGAACCCCCCUCCCCAAGAAUAUGAAAGUGAUGAUGAAUCUUAUGAAGUGUUGGAUUUAACUGAGUAUGCAAGAAGACAUCACUGGUGGAAUCGAGUGUUUGGUCACAGUUCCGGACCUAUGGUAGAAAAAUACUCUGUAGCCACCCAGAUUGUAAUGGGUGGAGUGACUGGCUGGUGUGCGGGAUUUUUGUUCCAGAAAGUUGGAAAACUUGCAGCAACUGCUGUAGGUGGUGGCUUUCUUCUCCUUCAGAUUGCCAGUCAUAGUGGCUAUGUUCAGGUUGACUGGAAAAGAGUUGAAAAAGAUGUAAACAAAGCAAAGAGACAGAUUAAGAAACGAGCAAAUAAAGCAGCACCUGAAAUCAACAAUAUAAUUGAAGAAGCAACAGAAUUUAUCAAACAGAACAUCGUGAUAUCCAGUGGAUUUGUGGGAGGCUUUUUGCUAGGCCUCGCAUCUUAAGGACAUGAGUGUGCUAUGACAGUGAAGUCACUGUGGAAGAGAAAUGGUGAUGACAAAGGGUCUCAACAUUGUGUGCUGCAGGGAGAUAAGAAACACCUAGUUGGACAAUAUCAAGCUCACAACUUAGCAUUUUGCCAUCAGAAGCUUGGCAAACAAACUAUAGUAUCUGCUAUAAAACAGUCUGUGUGGUCUGUGUACACUAGUAUUCCUGGGCAAAACAUGGCUUUUUGUUAUUUUUUAAAAAUAUGCAUUUGUCUUAUCUUUACUUUAAACCCCAUCAAAUGUGGUGCGCUACUCUUGGUAUUUUGGAUCAUUUUUUGUGGGUUAUUUAUAAAAAGCAAUACAAAUAAAUUAUUUUGUUUCUGCUUUGGGUACAGGGUUUGGGGUUCGGGAUGGAAAUAUGGUGGUGGGAAGGUGUAAUGGUGGUGGGAUUGAUGUUCAAAUAUUAAAUGUAAUCAAAUAUGAUGAACAACUUAUAAAAAUAAAAUAGAUUUUUUAAAAAAAAAUUUGCAUUUGUUUAGAAAUUAGCCCAGAAAAUAUCAUUGAAUAGAUAUGGAGAGAAAAAAAAUUGCUUGGACAUAUUCCCCAGUGAACUAUUAUCCUUGUUUCAUUUAAAUAAGAUGUUUUUCAUUGUGCUUUAUAGUAUAUUGGCAAUAUUUAAAAAUUGUAUUAUCUAUUAUAGCUUCAGCAUUAGGGCUGACUUUUUUUUUUAAGUUACUUAAACAUUAUGAAUGCCCUUUUGUGGAAGGAUUUAGAAAUAAUAGAAUCAUUACCAGUGUUUAAGUUGUCUUUUCUUGUAAUUCUUUCUUUGCUUAUAUAAUAACUGUACUAAACAAUAUCAAAGAAGACUCUUAUUUGAUUUUUUAAUGUAAAAUUAUAAAAGUAUUUAACCUGCCCCUGGGUUUGAUACCCAGCACUGCUAAAGAAAAAAUAAAGUAUAUAAGCUAUUUUUUUUAUCGAUUUAUUUAUCCUCAUAGCUUGGAGAAAGGUAAUUAUUUUGAAGGUUCAUAUUGUUAAGUCACUGAUUCAUUUUGUUAACUGAAUGACCUUUCUUUCUUCCUAAAGUCCUAGUUAUUAUGUUGACCCGUUUUCAGAAAGAUAAUGUCAUAUGAAGUACUUAGUAUUUACAAUUUUAAAAAAUUUGAACAAUGAUUUUCAGUAUAAUUAUGAAAUUGUAACUUAAAGAGAAUUGUCUCCUAGAUGUAAUUCGUAGCUUCUGAAAUUGUUGAAUGCAACCCUGUAUUGGGCCACAAAACUGAAUGUGGUAGGGGGGUUCGUAAAAAAUCUUAAGAUUGUUUUAAAAUAAAUUUAUGAUUUAUUAUCAGUAAA